AUGAUCCAUUCAGCUAUUCGUCAAUUCACAACCUCAGCACUCAAAAUGUCCGCUUCAAAAUUGACAAUUGCCUGUGGGCAGAUGUGCUCUUCCUCGAAUCUUGCCGCUAAUGCCAGAGUAGCCACCAAGCUUAUAGACCAGGCUGUGGCGAAAAACGUCAAAGUGCUCUUUCUUCCUGAAGCAGCUGAUUAUAUCUCAAGAGACGCUGCUCAUUCUGUUCAAUUGGCCAACGAUAGCAAGGAUAAGUUUAUAAAUGUGUUACAAAACCACGUUCGUGCAAUUCACGACAGAGCUGAGGGAAAUGCUCAAGAAAAGGGGAUUUUUGUAGCCGUGGGCGUUCACGAGCCUGCUGAAGGAGCCAACAAGGGCAAGAAAGUUAGAAACAAUCAGCUUUGGAUAGACAAUCGUGGUGAAAUUGCCCACACGUAUCAGAAACUUCACUUGUUUGAUAUCAAUAUACCCAAUGGACCCAUUUUGAAAGAACUGAAUUCAGUUGAGCCAGGGCAGGAGAUUUUGCCUCCGUUCAAAAUCAACGAGGGUGAAUUUGCCAAAUUUUCCGUGGGGUUGGCUAUCUGUUACGAUAUCCGGUUUAACGAGAUGGCACUUCGGUUACGUCGAUUGGGUGCAAAUAUCAUCACCUUCCCAUCUGCCUUCACCACGAGAACUGGAGAGGCCCACUGGUUGAAAUUGGGCAAAGCUCGUGCAAUUGACUCUCAGUGCUACGUAGUGAUGGCAGCUCAGUGCGGAGAGCAUGAUGUGUAUGCUGAUGUUGAGGAAAACACCGCAGAGGGCAAGAAAGUGAGAGUCAGUUACGGCCAAUCGGUAAUCAUUGGCCCCUGGGGAGAGGUGGUGGCUAAAGGAGACACCUACUUGGAGCGCCCACAAGAAGAGAAGGAGUACAGCCAGUUGAUUGUUGGGGAAAUAGACUUGGACUAUGUGGAGAAGAUCAGAAGAGACUUGCCUGUUUUCACCCACAGGCGACCGGAGAUAUUUGGCUAUGAAGUGUGA